AUGUCAACAGUACAUCCUAUCCUUUAUGAGCCAGUUGACGAUGUUGAGAGACUCGACGUUUACCGGCCUGGGGGAUACCACCCAAUCCAAGUAGGUGACCAUCUUCAUAACCGAUACGGCGUGGUGCACAAACUUGGCCAUGGUUCCUUCUCGACGAUUUGGCUUGCGAAGGAUGAGCAACUGUCAAAGUAUGUCGCUAUCAAAGUAGGCACGGCCUACUCGGACCAUAAGGAGGCCGAUAUUCUUGCUGAGCUCGCCAGUCCUGCGUGCCGAAAACAAGACCAACGAGGCAAUAAACUGAUCACUCCGGUAUUUGAUCGAUUUACCCUUGACGGGCCAAACGGGACCCAUCCUUGUCUCGUUACCUCUCCAGCAAGAUGCAGUCUUGCGGACGCGAAGGAGGCAUCAACCUUCCCUGACGGAAUGUUCCAGCUUGAUGUUGCCCGAUCUAUGGCUGCCCAAGUCGCUAUGGCGGUGGCAUUCAUUCACGACAAUGGCUAUGUGCAUGGUGACCUUCACCUAGGUAAUAUCCUUCUUCAAUUUCCAUGGAGACUCGACCUCCUCUCAACCUCGCAGCUGUAUGAGGAAUUUGGACACCCUGAUCCCCAACCCGUCGUCAGGGCCGACGGAGAGUCACUUUCGGCAGGUGUGCCCUCACACGUCUUUCCCCCAGUCUGGCUUGGGAAGAUAAGCGAGCAUAUCACACUGGCCCAAGCAAAGAUUCUUCUCACAGAUUUUGGGGUGGCCUUUCGCCCCGCGCAAGAAUCAAGAUUCAAAUCUUACUCCCCGCUCCCCAUCCGGCCACCAGAAGCCCGGUUUGACGUGACAACGCCUCUUUCCUUCUCAUCCGAUAUAUGGAGUCUGGCGUGUGCCAUCUGGGAAAUCCUCGGUCUAAGACCGCUAUUUGACGGCUGGCUCUGCACAGAGGAUGAUAUCACGAGCGAUCAAAUUGAGGCCCUUGGCCCAUUGCCACCGGAAUGGUGGAAGAAGUGGGACGCACGGUCCAAAUAUUAUACUGAAGAUGGGCAGCCUAAAGAGAGCUGUGAAGCGUGGUCGUGGAACCAGCGGCUUGAGAGGGAUAUCCAAGACCCCCGUCGUCGGAGUGGAUUGGAUAUUCUUGAAGAGGAGGAGCAGGAUGCUCUCUUCGAGAUGCUAUGGCGGAUGCUUGCGUUCCGGCCGGAGGACCGCCCCAGCGCCAACGAAGUUUUGCAGAUGGCAUGGAUGAGAAACUGGGCAAUCCCGGACAGCGAGAGGACAUGGAAUAAUGAGGGAGAUAUGAAACAACGGAUAGGACUACCCAAGAGCUCUAAUAGCCAGGCUCCUGGACAGGAUUUGAAUUGAUAUACACAGCCUGAAGAAUGGGGAGCAAAUAGGAUCCAAUCUCGGCAGCAGAAUUCAAAGAUCGGCGAAUAUAUGGUGUUAGGAACCCC